AGCCUUGUGCAACUUUGGACCGAAAGCUUGCUUUCUCGACUCGAGAGAAACAGCGGGGACUUCCUGCCUUCCCUCACUGAUUUUCCAGAAGCAUCUUGGAAAACGCUACACGUUUAUUUUCAUUUUAAAAUCAUCUUGCUUCAUGGCAACACUGGAGCCCAACGCCGUUUUUUGCUUUUGUUUUCUUUCACUUUCUCUAUCAACGUAAUCAACUCUGGACAUGUAAAGGAGGUCGUUAUUUUUCCGUUGACAUAGCCUCUGAUCUUGAAAAAGAAAAGAAUCGAGAAUGGACCCAGGGAAUGGCCUCGUCCCCGCGCAAAAUCAGCCGGGCAUUGAGUUACGCCGAAAAGACGAAGAAAGAGGAGAAGAAAGCGAGCUUCUGCAGGUCCAAGACCCUCGCCCCGCCGCGGUGACAAUCAGCGUAAAAUCAUGUUCUUCAAUAGUUUUUUGGAAAUGCAAACUCUGGAUGGUUAUAACGUCUGCUUUUGUAUUGUUGACCCUUGUGACCAUUUUAAGUUUAAUAUUGUAUUCAGAGGCUUACAUAGAUGAAGAUGAAUAUUGGGAUUCUGAAUUAAUUGCAGGUGGUAAACAACACAAUUUCUCAGGAGUAGUAAACAUUAAUUGUCCAAAUCCUAAUGUGCUUCUCUCAGAACCUGCAUAUGAUGUGUUUUUGAAAAAUCUUAAUAAGAGGCUUAAGGAUGUAUACAGUUAUUCACCUGCACUGGGAAGAUAUUUUAUCUCAGCUGAAGUUAUUUCUUUCAGUGGAGAAAACAAUACAGCAUCAUACUACUUGCAAUUCUUGGUGCCACCUGAGAGUGAUGACUUCAUGAAGUAUAGAAUGAAUAAAGAGUUUGUAAUGAAUAUUUUAAGACAAGAUAUAUAUGACCAGCAACACAUUUCUGAUUUGGAUAUACCUGAUUGUAAAAAUGUUAUACUUGAUCCAUCUUCUGUUACAAUAACAUUAAUGUAGACAGUCAAUACAAGAGGAAGAAUUGAAUCCAGAUUUCAAGAGUGACUUUGGAGGACUCAUCUGAUCAUCUUGUGAAAUUUUAAUAUUGCAACAGCAGGACAAUAUGACUGUACCAAGCAAUUGUAUAUGAUGACAGCUUAGGUUAUGGAAACAAACUACCUGUCUUACAAAUUCAAAUUUAGAACAACGGUGUAGACUCAUAAAACAGCAACCAGAGCACAGUGACAUUUGUAAUAUACAGUACUACAAGAAACUGAAGCAACAACUUUGUAAUAGGAGAAAUGUUCCAGACGUCAAAUAAGUAAAAUCCUAUUCAGCCUCAGUUUUGGUGAAAUAGAGGGAAGGACUUUUUCUGAAAUCUAGUCAGG